AUGGGCAGGAAAGACGAUGCCACUGCAACCAUUUCUGCAUUCUGGGAAAAGCAAUCCUUCUCUCACUUCGCAUUGUGUUACACAUUUUUAUCACUACAUCGCUUUACACACGCUUCACGGACUUCCAUGCUACAGCUAUGCACGGAUGCGUUUGCCGAUAGCCACAAUCAGGCAAAGAUGAUCAAGAAUUCAACGAGGCUUGCACGAGACUAUGUGGGCGGAAAGUUCGACGACACAGCAGACUUCGACCCAAUAGACAUGGUCCGCUUCUGCUACCUUCACAUCCGGCUGUACGCAGAGCAUAUUGGAGGGCGUCCACCGACUGUUAUGGCGUCGUCCCUGUCGGAUCCCGAUGCGAUGUUUCCAGGACCAGCUGCAUGGGCGAGCCUCUGGGAUGCAACAAACGCUGCCUUAUGCAAGUACUCCGCAGAGGAAAGGUGGCAUGCUAAGCUCGCGAGGCUCCAGAAGCGGGAGCGGCUUGGAUCGCGGCAGCCAGGAGUAGAGCUCACGGAACCCUCCGCCCCUGCGGAUACGUCGCCGUCGGGAGAUCUCACCGAGUCCCCGCCGCCCUCGCAAUUGGCGACUCAAUCAGCCCAGGACAGGCCUUCGCAGGAGAAACCGUCCUCAAUGCAGUCCGAUGGGAGGUCUCGUAGCAUUAGCCGGGACGCGGAAGAGCCGCAGGUGGACGCAGGCAGUACGAGAGGGCGCGCACGCACAGAAGAAGGGCUGAUAAAUGAAGGUCAGCGCGCCGAUCGCCGUGACGCAUCUGUGAGGGGCGAAAUGCACAUGAAUGAAGCCGGCGGUGAUGCAACCGAAGACGAUGAAAAAGAAGAAGACAGCGCGAGCGAAGACAACGCGGCAAGGGAAGAGACAGAAAAAGACGGUGCACAGGUUGAGAAAGGGGACGUUGACAUCACAGAUAGCUCCAGCCCGCGAGGCGGAGGCAGGAUUAGAGGCAAGGUUCAAGGCGAGGUCCAGGGUUACAGCAGGAGUGGGAGUGAAGAUGGGCCGCGAGGAUGA